AUGAAGAAGCUGGAGAAUAUGGAGGAAAUAGAUGGCAGUGAGGAUGAAGAAGAGAAAGAAGGAGGCGGAGGAAGAGGAGGGAGUAUAGAGGGAAAAGAAGGAAGGUAUAGGGAGGGUGUUGGAUCCUGUCUGACACACAUCGGAGGCCAUGGCCUCCUGGAGCCCAGCUCUCUCACCGUUAUCUACACCAACUCUACGGCAUGUGUGGAAUAUAAGAGAGCCAAUAACCGCCACAGAGCACCAACAACCUCCACAGAGCACCAACAACCUCCACAGAGCACCAACAACCUCCACAGAGCACCAACAACCUCCACAGAGCACCAACGACCUCCACAGAGCACCAACAACCUCCACAGAGCACCAACGACCUCCACAGAGCUCCAACAACCUCCACAGAGCACCAACAACCUCCACAGAGCACCAACAACCUCCACAGAGCACCAACAACCUCCACAGAGCACCAACAACCUCCACAGAGCACCAACAACCUCCACAGAGCACCAACAACCUCCACAGAGCACCAACAACCUCCACAGAGCACCAACGACCUCCACAGAGCACCAACAACCUCCACAGAGCACCAACGACCUCCACAGAGCUCCAACAACCUCCACAGAGCACCAACAACCUCCACAGAGCACCAACAACCUCCACAGAGCACCAACGACCUCCACAGAGCACCAACAACCUCCACAGAGCACCAACAACCUCCACAGAGCACCAACAACCUCAACAGAGCACCAACGACCUCCACAGAGCACCAACAACCUCCACAGAGAACCAACAACUUCCACAGAGCGCCAACAACCUCCACAGAGCGCCAACAACCUCCACAGAGCACCAACAACCUCCACAGAGCACCAACAACCUCCACAGAGCACCAACAACCUCCACAGAGCACCAACAACCUCCACAGAGCACCAACAACCUUCACAGAGCGCCAACAACCUCCACAGAGCACCAACAACCUCCACAGAGCACCAACAACCUCCACAGAGCGCCAACAACCUCCACAGAGCGCCAACAACCUCCACAGAGCGCCAACAACCUCCACAGAGCACCAACAACCUCCACAGAGCACCAACAACCUCCACAGAGCACCAACUUCCUCAACAGAGCUCCAACAACCUCCACAGAGCACCAACAACCUCCACAGAGCGCCAACAACCUCCACAGAGCUCCAACAACCUCCACAGAGCGCCAACAACCCCCACAGAGUGCCAACAACCUCCACAGAGCGCCAACAACCUCCACAGAGCGCCAACAACCUUCACAGAGCGCCAACAACCUCCACAGAGCACCAACAACCUCCACAGAGCACCAACAACCUCCACAGAGCACCAACAACCUCCACAGAGCACCAACAACCUCCACAGAGCACCAACAACCCCCACAGAGCACCAACAACCUCCACAGAGCGCCAACAACCUCCACAGAGCACCAACUUCCUCAACAGAGAACCAACAACUUCCACAGAGCACCAACAACCUUCACAGAGCGCCAACAACCUCCACAGAGCACCAACAACCUCCACAGAGCACCAACAACCUCCACAGAGCACCAACAACCUCCACAGAGCGCCAACAACCCCCAAAGAGCACCAACAACCUCCACAGAGCACCAACAACCUCCACAGAGCACCAACAGCAACCACAGAGCACCAACUUCCUCAACAGAGCACCAACAACCUCCACAGAGCACCAACUUCCUCAACAGAGCUUCAACAACCUCCACAGAGCGCCAACAACCUCCACAGAGCUCCAACAACCUCCACAGAGCGCCAACAACCUCCACAGAGCGCCUACAACCUCCACAGAGCACCAACAACCUUCACAGAGCACCAACAACCUCCACAGAGCACCAACAACCUUCACAGAGCACCAACAACCUCCACAGAGCACCAACAACCUCCACAGAGCACCAACAACCUUCACAGAGCGCCAACAACCUUCACAGAGCACCAACAACCUCCACAGAACCACCAACAACCUUCACAGACCACCAACAACCUUCACAGAGCACCAACAACCUUCACAGAGCACCAACAACCUUCACAGAGGACCAACAGCAACCACAGCACCAACUUCCUCAACAGAGCACCAACAACCUCCACAGAGCACCAAUAACCUCCACAGAGCAACAUCUUCGCCAACAGAGCUCCAACAACCUCCACAGAGCACCAACAACCUCCACAGAGCACCAACAAUCCCCUCGCACACAGAGCACCAACACCCCCCAUAG